AGAGGCACGUGAAUGACCCACCACCACCACUCUUCCUACCAUCUCUCAUGUCUUUGGUUGGCUUCAUGUCAACGCUAACAGCCAAACAACUCAACCCAAGCAAUAAAAACCCUACAUUUCCCACUAACUUCACCCACAAAGUAAGAAAACAAAAAACACCCCCCAAAACAAAAACAAAAAAAAAAUAAAGGUUAACAAGUUAACAUCAUUAACUCUUUUGACAAAAGUGUACCCUUUUUCUCCCUUUGCCUAUUCUCCCACUAACCCUCAUUUUUCCUCCUAUUAUCUUUCAACUCUCAAUAUUUGCAAUUUCAUCAACUAUAUUUAUUUCUAAUUUCUUAAAACUCACAAACAUGACUUCAUUCCAUCCCAACAUUACAUUUUUAAUGAAGUUAGGAUAAAUUUUUUUAAUAUCAUAUUUUUGUACAAUUGAUCAUUCAAAACCAACCACUCUAUAAUUUAUGGUAACAGUGUAUGUUGAUCCUUAGAUUCCAAUGCUAGUGGUUUCCCUUACCCAUUUGCAAAUAGGGUGAUGAUGAUGUUGUGGGAUAAAAAUAAAAAUAAAAAGUUGUAGACUUUUAGUACAUGGGAGUGAAACAGCAAAAGAGAUGAUGGAGGAGGAGAAAGAAGAAGCAACCAACAACUACAACCUAGAACAAAACAAAAACCAAAACCUUAACCACCCAACCAAGGAAGAAACUGGUUUUAGAUCAAAGGGUUUUGGAAGUGGUGACAGAGUGAAGAGAGAUGAAUGGAGUGAAGGAGCAGUGUCAACCCUUCUUGAAGCCUAUGAAGCCAAAUGGGUCCUCAGAAACAGAGCCAAACUCAAGGGCCAUGACUGGGAGGACGUCGCUCGCCACGUGUCAGCACGUGCCAACUCCACCAAGUCACCCAAAACCUCCACACAGUGCAAGAACAAGGUGGAGUCCAUGAAGAAGAGGUACAGAUCAGAGUCUGCAACUGCAGAACAUCCCUCCUCCUGGCCUCUCUAUUCGCGCCUCGAUCUUCUUCUCAGGGGAACUGGCCCUCUCCUCUCCUCGCCUCCGCCGCCACCGCCGCCGCUCACGGGGGUGCUCGCGGUCCCACCCUCUUCCGCAGAACCGCCGCAACAGUCUCCGCCGUCAGAGCCACUUGCAGUUGUGCAGAACUCGCAUGGAUCCAAUGGGGUUGAUCAUAAGCUUGUCAAGGAAGAUGUGUUAGCAGAAAAGUGUUGUGAAGAUGUAUCUAGGAAGAAUCCAUUGGAGACAGAUAGCAGCACUCCUGCAGUAUACAGCAAUAAGAAGGAAAAGAGGAAGAAGAAGGUGAAUGAUGAGAAGAGAAGAGGGAGAAGAAGGAAAGAGUAUAUGGAGAUAGCAGAAAGCUUAAGAUGGUUAGCAGAAGCUAUGAUAAGGUCAGAAGAAGGAAGAAUGGAGACAAUGAAAGAGAUAGAGAGAAUGAGAGUUGAAGCUGAAGCAAAGAGAGGGGAAAUGGAUCUCAAGAGAACUGAAAUAAUUGCCAACACACAGUUAGAGAUUGCUAGAAUCUUUGCUACUGUCAACAACAAACCUCUUGAUUCUUCUCUAAGAAUUGGAAGGAGUUAAUAAAUCAUGUUUUUUCUUGUAACUGCACAUAAACAUAACCAAUAAUAAUGUUAUGAAAUAGUUUAGAGGGAAAAAGUAUUCUCAAAUUGGUGGGGAAUGUUUUUCCAGAAUGCAUAUUGGGGGAUUACGAUUCCGUACGUCUCUCACACUAUUAU